CAGCCGGCGGCCAUUUUGGAUAGGGGAGAAGAAGCUCGCGCUCGGCAGCCAUCUUGCUUGGGGGCAGCGGAGCCGUUACAGCCGUUGGAGGCAGGCGCGGCGCGGGGAGGAGGUGCCCACCUCUCCACACACAUGCGAAAGGCACCCAGAGAUGUCCCGUGUGUGAGUAGUUUGCAGCUGUUGUAUUAGAAGCCGCUGUAUCUUCAAGCGGGCAUGCGUGGCAGGAGUUUUCAGAUCAUCAUUCCUGCUGAGUUCAAAUUCCCUCGCCACAGGAAACUACUUCUUUGCUAAGGACCAGUUUGCACUGACUUAUCAUGGCAUCCAACAAAUUUGUCAUUAAGCUUGCUGAUUCAGCAUAGACACUUCACUGGUACUCAGCAUGUACCCUGGAAAUCAUUAAAUACUUUUAACAUCACUGACUACCUGAGCAAAUGGAUAGAUUCUCACUGAGCAUGCGUUUGUAGUGUGGGAACUUUGCUAUUUUGGUGGACGUUCAUAUUUUGCCUCAAGACUCCAGUAACGACACCAGCUGGUUUUCAGAUCAUGAGAAAGAGGAGGUCUGCAUGCUACUAGAAGAUGUUGUUGCUUCAAGGGUCAAACACUACCUGGAAGAGCGUAAACAACGUGGUCAAUGGAAAUCAAUGGAACAUGCAUCAUCUGGCCCUUUGUUUCUUACCGCCAACAGUUUUCACAUUACUGCCUACUUUAUGAAGAGAUGGGUUAAUCUCCAUUGUGCUGUAGGGAAACGUUAUCGUGAGCUACGUGUGUUUCCAGACAGAUUUAUAGUUUGUGUCAGUAAACUUGAAUCUAAUCCAAGUGCUUGGACAUGUGAAAAUGGUGUAUUGAAAGAAGAACUUUCCAGUGGGACGUCUGAAUAUUUUACUGAAACUGCUGAGAACAAGAAGCGUAAGAUUAGUCGGAGUGAACAAAUAAAGCAAGACAUCUUGAAAGAAAUUGUGAAAAGGACAAACCCAAGGAAAAGUAGCACAAGCAAGCCUCAAAUCAGCAAGGAAUCCAGGAAAGUGUAUCUUGGCUCAGUGGACUCGCAGAGAGGGAACAGAAAGAAUGACUGUCAGACUUCUCUCAGUCCUCAAUCUGAAGUGAAAUGUAGGAGUAGGGGACUGCUAAAGGACUGCAUAAAUACAGCUGAGAGCAACUUGGAGUUUCCUGUUUCAGAGCUGGAAAAUUAUGUUAAUCAGAGACAGACAGAUGAUGUUAGCAGCCAGAAAAAACCUCACUCUGUGGAGUGGUUGAAUUUGAGGCUUCUAAGCGAGAACCUUCCUUGUAGCUCUGAGUCAGCACUGCUAGGUCCAAAACAAAGUCAAAAAGUGACCAAAACAGAGGCUCAACAAAAGAGCUGUGGCUCAGAGGAAAAGUUAGAGCGUUUCAAAAAAGCAUUCUCUGAAGGGACUCCUUUGAUUCCUAGCAAUACAGAAAUAAGUAAGUUUGAUGAUGAUCGUUUAGGUCCAUUCCUGGAGGAGAAGACCCCGCUUAAUUCCAGGAUGUUUUGCAACGAAGAUGUGCCAAAGACUGCGUCUGGUGAGAAGUCACUAACUUUGAGAAAAAACCUCUCCCAGCCUCUUUCUGUGAGGAACAAUACAGUGGAGGCAGGCCAGAAUGAGCCGAGCACAACCACUGAAGAAUUGCCUGUGAUGCCAUCCUCACGCUUAGAACUGCAGCCUGGGUCUUCAGAGGAGCUUAUCCAGAAAAGAAAAAAAGAAGCUGAAAGUGGUCUCCGGAAGUUAAAACUGCGAAGGCUUAAGAAGUCCAUGAAGUGCGAAACACCACGUUGAUGGCAUGGGCGGACAGCCACGUCUGUAUUCAGAAAGCAUGUGCAAAAAGUAGGGAGCAAUUCAAACCAAUGAAAAAUAAUAAGAAUUCAAAGUCAAAAUUAGAUAAAACUGUUUAAGAAAGCUUAGUUAACUGUCUUAGUCAUUUGGAACUGUAAUGAAGAUGAUUUUAAGUCUUUAGGAAUUAGACAUUAAUAUUCUACAAAAUGGUGUGGUUUUUACAGCAAGAAAAAUAUCAUAUUUACAAAGCAAAAUUUUAGAUCUGUGUAUGUUUUAGUACUAUUAAAAAGUCUUAUCAGCUGAUGACAGCAAAAGUUAAAACCACUUUUGUGAUCUGUUAGCAGCUGCAGUUAUUCAGUGAUUUGUUUCUGAACGCAUAGUUUAUUAUAGUAAAAAUCAAUCCUUUCUCAGUAUUAGGAAGUUCAUGGCUUAUUCAUGUGAUCUUCCCAACAGUAAGCUGAAUUGGGGUUGUUUCAAAUAAAUCUUUAACCAGGAUUUAGUGUUCCUCCUAAUUUAAGUCCUGCCUUUUCAGUCGGGUUUCAAAAUCACUAUAAUUCCUGCUUGUGCAAUUUUGCUACGAACAUUUACUUCUAACCCGCGUUGUGGAUACAAGUGUUCAUGCAUUCAGGCUUUGGAAAAAUGAGGAUUGGUUUUUACAUAUGCAGUCACCGGGGUUUGCAGGCAUGGCUGCUGGGAAAAGCUCGUCCAUAACCGUGCAUACGCGUCUUCAGGCAGUCAUGUUUCAAAAUGGGGCCUUGUUUGUGUGCAAGGGCAACAUGCUGGUUUUCAUGUAUUAGCGAUGCCCAAGUUAUUUGUUACUUUAAGAUAGAGGUAAUUUUUAAUUGCACGGUGCUCUUUCAUCCUGCUUUUGUAACUUAUGUGCUAAGGAGCUAAGGAAAUGUAACUUUUUAUUCUGUGCUUAUUUUUUUUUUUUUUAAUGUUUAAAAUAAAAUUAUAAGCACUUUUCUGUCA